UGAAAAAUUCGCAUCGUCCUUCGUCCCUACGCCCGCUGGAUAAGUUCUCAGUGUUCGCACCAACGGGAAAAGCGUUCGAGUGCACGGGAUUACGCGGGAGUCCAUUUCGCGGUGUCUGCACAGUGCUUCAGAAAUUUCUUCUGAAGACUAAUUAGGAAAUGCGCUUAUUUCUUUUUCUCAUCACUGGCCUUUUAUGUCAAGGGCUGACCACUUUGGCAGAAGAGGUUGAUGUGGUUGAAGCAAUCCCAUCAGACGAACACAAUGACCACUUACAAGAGAAUAACGAACCGAAGCCAGACCAACUAGCUUUGGAGUCAAUUGAAGAACAGGAUCAACCACCGAAACAACUAGCAUACAAUGGUCCACCGAGGAGUCCAAUUAAUCUGCCACCAAGAGGCGCACCACCAGGGCAUUUUAAUCACAAACCAUAUGGUCUUCCUAAAAACAAACAACCACAGUAUGAAAGUAAAAAUUCUUAUAACGGCCCACCACCGCCUCCACCUAAAGAGGCGAUGGACAAAUAUGGUACUGUGGGUGAUAUUUGGCCAGCUCCUGUACCUGAAAUGCCGAAAAUAAUAUCUUUAGAUGUGAAAUGUGAAAAAAAUUUAAUGAAAGUAUACAUUGGUUUUGACAAGCCGUUUUAUGGCAUAGUAUUCAGUAAAGGUCAUUACAGUAAUGUGCAUUGUGUUCAUUUACCGGCAGGUUUAGGUAGGACUUCUGCACAUUUUGAAAUAGGAAUUCACGCUUGUGGUACGUCAGGCAAUACCGAAAACGGAUUGUAUGGAUAUGGCGCUGAGUCUGGUUCGGGUACUUUCUUUGAAAACAUAAUCGUUAUUCAGUAUGAUCCACAAGUACAGGAAGUUUGGGAUCAGGCCAGAAAAUUACGUUGUACUUGGCAUGAUCAGUACGAAAAGUCUGUAACUUUCAGACCAUUCCCAGUUGACAUGCUUGACGUGGUAAGAACAGAUUUCGCCGGCGACAAUGUUGGAUGCUGGAUGCAAAUUCAAGUUGGUAAAGGACCGUGGGCUUCCGAAGUUUCAGGUUUAGUCAAAAUUGGCCAAACUAUGACUAUGGUACUCGCUAUUAAGGACGAUGACUCUAAGUUCGAUAUGUUGGUAAGAAAUUGCAUGGCACACGAUGGUAAACGAGCACCUAUCCAAUUGGUGGAUCAAAAGGGUUGUGUCACAAGGCCGAAGCUAAUGUCCAGAUUUACAAAGAUCAAAAACUUUGGCGCCAGCGCAUCAGUUCUUUCGUAUGCACAUUUCCAAGCAUUUAAGUUCCCCGAUUCGAUGGAGGUGCACUUCCAAUGUACAAUCCAGAUUUGCAGAUAUCAGUGCCCUGACCAAUGCUCAGAUGGAGGACACCUUGGUUUGCACAGUGGAUUAUUAGAAUUGCACGCUGGUCCAGAACAUGCCUAUGGACCACCACCGCAAACAAUUCCAUUAGACGCGUAUUUACAUGGAGGCCGACCAAGAGAUGAAAGGAGAGUGAAAAGAGCUUUAGGAGUAGAUCCCGAGAAGGAAGUUGGCGUAAAUAGAGUCAUUCGGGUAGUCUCAACUGGAGAUUUGACAUUUUCUUUAGAUGAAACCAACAACGAUACCACAACUCCACCGACCAUGGUUUUCCCUGCUAAAGAAGAACUAACAAAUAAUGGAUUAAUAUGUAUGACCACUCCUGGAUUCGCAGCGACCUUGGUCGUUUUGCUUGCUAUUUUGAUUGUAUCUUGUCUUAUGUCUGCCAUCUUGUGUGUUAGGUUAAGGCCGUUUUCACAAAACAAAUUAGCUGAUUUUAUAGGAUAUUCAAAUUCACAAAAAGCCAAACAAACCACGUCGAAAAGUUGUUUUUAUUCAUGAAUUUAGUUUAAAAAAUCCCAAAUUGAGAUUUUAAAGCAUUAUAGGCUACAAGCAUGGUCAUAAGUCGAAAGGCUUUACCGAUACCUCGAAAAUCGGUAUUGAUAGAGCCUUUAAUGCAUAAGAUUGCAUUUUACUUAAAAUGUGAUCAGGCAUUGUAUCCGUGUACUUCCAUUUUGGAAAAUGUAUUAGUAAUAAGGUUACCUAAAUACCUGAAUAUUAUUGGAGAGUUUGGGCGAUUUGUACAAUAGCUAAUCAAAAUAUAUUUUUUUGUGUAACUCAUUUUGAAUUGUACAUAACAAAACAUAUAAACUAAAUUUGGAACUCUGGAUGGUUAUGGAUAUGUACUAGUUAGAUUUAGUUAUUUAUUAUUUAUUUAUUGAAAUUAUUUAUUUUUAAUGUUAAUAAUUCUUAUUGUCCAAUUUUAUGUACCUGUAUAGAAGAAAAGAUAUACGUAUUCGUAUUUUUUUGUUUUUUUUUUGCCAACAAAUACUCUAAAUG